GAUGUUACAUUACGUAGGGAAGCGUGUGUGUGACAUUUGCUGCAAGAAGCUAGUUUAUGAACAGCUGACCAGAUAAAGAUGAACUAGGGAAAGAAAUAGAACAUAUUUGCCUUUUAACAACUGAGCUGACGUUUGGGUUGCACUCUGUUAUCGUACCCACAUUAGAGAAGACAGUUUAUAUCAAAUGUAGCGUAACGUAAAACUUGCUGUCUAGCUAAACACGUUAAAUAGUAGGCUAACGCUUUUUCUUAACUUACAACGUUAACGAUACUGGAAGUGUUCGGGUUUAAGUGUUUUUCCGAUUUGCUCUUCUGAGAUGUUAAUACUAAUCCGUUAAUUUCGUUUUUUCUAUUGCAGUAUGGGUGGACGUUAGCGCUUACGCCGACUUUGCUAACUGCCUUUUGCACACAAGGUUAUAAUUAGCUUUAGCCAGCUAGCUCCUCACUCCCCUUUUGCUGCAGCUUUCUCACUUUCUUAUGCUGACUUAUCAGGACAGGUGUGCUGAAAGUAGGCCAGGUGUGGUGUCGGAUAGAUAGGGUAGGCAACGUAUUCACAGUGCUCACAGAGUAGUACUGUACAGUCUACUUCAGGGAUUUCUGUUACUUUAGUGGAGCCAAAGGUGGGAAAAUGCUGCUUUCCUUUGUUGUGCACACAUACUCGCUGCGGUACUGGUUUCCAGCCACGGUCAUGCUGGGAACAGCCCCAGCUUAUCUGCUGUCAUGGGGGACAUGGCGUUUACUCUCAACUGUCUUACCAGCGAGGGUGUAUCACAAGUUGGACGACCGGUUGUACUCAAUGUACCAGAGUAUGGUCCUGUUCUUCUUUGAAAACUACACAGGAGUUGAGAUUGUUAUAUAUGGAGAUAUACCAAAGAACAAGGAGAAUGUGAUCUACCUGUCUAAUCACCAAUGUACAGCUGACUGGAUCAUUGCUGACAUGCUCGCCAUCAGGCAGAGUGCUCUCGGCCAUGUCAGAUACGUCCUUAAAGAUGGACUCAAGUGGCUCCCGCUGUACGGAUGGUAUUUCUCUCAGCAUGGAGGAGCCUAUGUGAAACGAAGUGCAAAGUUUGAUGAAAUGGCGAUGAAGAAGAAGCUCUUAACUCAGACUCAAUGUGGAGCACCAAUGUACCUUGUCAUCUUUCCAGAAGGAACUCGAUAUAAUCCAGAGCUCAAGAACGUGAUCGCUGACAGUCAGGCUUUUGCUACAAAAGAAGGACUGGCUGUCCUGAAACACACACUUACACCCAGAAUGAAGGCCUCUCACGUAGCCUUCGAGGCCAUGCAGGACCACCUGGACGCUGUGUAUGACGUCACAGUGGCCUACGAGGGAACGCUGGACGCCUCUGGUCAAAGAAAACCUGCGCCAUCGAUGCCAGAAUUCUUGUGCAAAGAAUGUCCCCGAGUCCACAUACACUUUGACCGCGUGGACAUAAAGGAAAUUCCUCCAGAGCCACUGUUUUUCCGCAGGUGGCUGCACGAGCGGUUUGAAAUCAAGGACCGGCUGCUGACAGAUUUCUACGAGUCGGAGGAUGGAGACAAAAUAUGCAAGUUCCCUGGGGAAGGCAAACAUUUGCCUCUGAACCUUUCUAAAACCCUCCCAUCAGUGAUGAUCUUGGGGGGGCUGACACUGCCAUUACUGCUGACGGAGAACGGCAGGAAACUGUACGUGAGAACCUGGGUGUUCGGCACUCUGCUGGGCUGGCUGUGGGUGAACGCUUUUCCUUAACGAACAGGGCAGAGGUUGCCACGAUGAGACGCGCAAAAGACAUGGAGAGACAUUGCCAUUUUCCUGUAUCACAACAACACAAGGUGUGUUCCAGAUGCAGCGCAGUAUCUGAUAAGAGGAUCAGAGAUUUAACCUACGUGUCUGGCUCACUGUUGACCUUGAGCUGAAAGCUGAACGGAGAUACAGAGAAAUGUUAAGCAUUUUGUGCUACUUGUUCCCUCGCAUUAUUUGGAUUUGCAGCCUGAAAUGAUAAGAAAACAUGAGUGGAUUUGGUGGAAGGCAUUCUCAAAAAUGCCCCUUGUUAUCUACUAUGAAAUACAAAUAGCUAUAUACUUCUUAAAGUAAUGCCCCCCCCCAUUUAGCCAAAUCAGUAUUAAUGCAUGCUCACUUUUCCAUCAAACAUUGGCCAGUUAUAAAGCUCUAAUAUGACAUAGAACAACGAUGAACAAAGAUGUUGAUGAUAGAUUAUUCAUUUUUAAAUGCACUGACUCAUUGGCAUUGGUUAUGUUAUUUAUGCCAAGCCCCUUUUAGGAAGUUUAUGCACUUUGCUCCUUUUUAGAGUGAUGUUUUUACGUUCGAACAAAAUGAAUAGCAUACAGUCCUCUAUAGGGGCUCAUAAACAUGACACCAGCUGCAUUGUUUACCAUAAAUAUUCAUAUGACAUCAAUUUAUUUUAUAUACUGAUAAUGAAUGUAGCUAUAAAACACUCAUUUAUGCAUAUAUGCAAAAAUAUAUAUAAAUUCCAACACCCAAUAUAUUGAUUUCACUAUUCGUGAUAUUCUUAAAAAGAAUAUCUAUUGUACAUUUUUGAGUCUUUGUUCUACCAAUAAAUAUUGCUUUAACCCCAAUGUCAAUCAUUGCCAAAACCUGGUGUAUUAACCAUGAUGACCGCAAAGAAACUUAAUGCUUUUGUUGUUGGCCUAAUUACAUUAGAAUUUGAUUUUUUUUUUUUGUAUAAUGGUAUAUUCACAGUUCCAUCACUUUUAUAUCCAUUUGUUACUUUGAAUACCAUGUUACAGCUAACACAGAAGUAUCUACCUUGCAAAAAGCUGACAAAGCCAUGUUAACCGUAUAUCACAGGUUCCUGUGAAUUCAAAGCCAUUUAUAUUAUAAAUGUCACUGUGUUGUGAAGUUCACUCUCUGUCCACUGUUGUUGUUUACUGUAAUGAUACCAUUGCAUUUUCCCACGAGUCACUUUACAUGUUUGCCGUCUCGUCCUUGUCUGGAGUUACUCUGAGAUAUUUUUUCCUCGUGGAUGGUAUCGGUAAAUCUCAUAGUUUUUACAUGCCGCUCCAAUACCUCACUUGAAUAAUCCUUUCUUGCUCUUAAAUGACUGUUGUCAGCCAUUUUAUAGUUAUUUUUAUCCUGACAAGAUCAGACUAACUAAUGAGGAAAACUAUGUAGACAGUAUUUAAUGCCAACUGGUUUUGGAAAUGUGUGCCUUCUCUUUGGAGGAGAUGGUCCUCAGCCCUCUUAGAGAGGGCCACAGUGGCUCUUUUCCACAAGGUGGCUGCAUUGAAGCGCUCUGCUGGAGCAUGUGGUCACAUUGUCUACAGUUCAUAGUGGCUUAUUUUGCUCAAAGAAUGCAUUGAUUUACACUUUUUGAGGACUAUUAUUAAACGAUGAAACCUUUUAUGUAUGUAAAUUCUGGAAAUGGGUUGGUCAGAGUGAAAUAAAGUGGUUUUCUUUGGGGAGUCAAA